AAGAGCAGAAAUAGUUGUUGAAGCAGCCACAGACAUGGACACCACAGGAAAAGUGAUCAAAUGUAAAGCGGCUAUUGCAUGGGAACUACACAAACCACUUAAAAUUGAGGAAAUUGAAGUUGCACCCCCAAAAGCUCAUGAAGUCAGAAUUAAGAUCCUGGCAUCUGGUGUGUGUGGCUCAGACCUCAGUGUUUUGAACGACAAACUUGGUUGUUAAUUUCCAAAUAUUUUGGGUCAUGAAGCCAUUGGUGUUGAAAGCAUCGGUGAAGGUGUGACUGUUGUUCAACCAGGUGACAAAGUGAUCCCGCUGUUCGUACCCCAGUGUGGACAGUGCAGAGCUUGCAAGACUCCAAACUGUAACCUGUGUGAUAAAAAUGACUUUAUUGCCAAAACAGGUCUGAUGCAAGACAAUACGAGCAGAUUUACAUGCAAAGGCAAACAAAUCUAUCAUUAUAUGUGCACAAGCACUUUCACGGAGUACACUGUUGUACCUGACAUAUGCGUUGCCAAAGUAGACCCUGCUGCUCCUGUUGAAGGCUGCCUUAUUGGAUGUGGAUUUGCUACUGGAUAUGGUGCAGCAGUGAACACUGCUAAGGUUACUCCAGGAUCUACAUGUGCUGUAUUUGGUUUAGGAGGUGUGGGAUUUUCAACUAUAGUUGGCUGCAAAGUCGCUGGAGCAGGUCGGAUUAUUGGGGUUGGCUCACAUAAGGAUAAAUUUGAAAAAGCCAUAGAGUUGGGAGCCACUGAGUGCUUAAGCCCAAAGGAUUAUGACAAACCAAUUCAAGAGGUCAUUAGAGACAUGACCAAUGGCGAAGUAGAUUUUGCCUUUGAAUGCACUGGAUAUAUUGAAACAAUGAAAACUGCAUUUGAAUCGACUUACAUAGGCAAUGGGGUCACUGUUGUGCUUGGAGUAGCAGGUCCGGAUGAUAGACUUUCUUUUCAUCCUGGCAAACUCCUGUUGGGACGAACAAUGAAAGGAUCGGCGUUUGGAGGUUUUAAGGGCAGAGAUGAAGUACCAAUGCUUGUUUCUGAUUAUAUGGCAAAGAAAUAUGACAUUAAAUUCCUGGUGAGCGAAAAAAUGCCAUUAGAAAAAAUCAAUGAAGCAUUUGAAUUAAUGAAAAUGGGGAAAGGAGUGAGGAACAUUAUCAUUUACUAAUGCUUUCUCCAUUUCUGAUGUGAAGUCCAGUACAGAGCUGCAGCCUGGCAUUCUGCUGAUUAUAAUUGCCUCAAUACUACAAUUUUUAAAGAAUUGCUGCUAACAUGAUUGCUGACAAUAAAAUGUCAUACAAUAA